GUUGUGAUUUGCUUCUUUUUUUUUUCGUCUCCGGGCUGAAAAAGAAAAACUCUUGAAGUCCAGCUCCUGAAGAAGCAGCUCGCUCCCUCCGUUACUUCAACAUCUCACCAGUGGCCGUGCAGCUCAUGUAGGGAACAUGUAGAGAUGGAUUUGAUGAAGCUGUUUGCCACCGUCGUCUUCGUUUUGUUCCAGCCUGGAUCCGCUUCUAAAGUAAAUGGCCAAAUGAUCUGUCGGCGUGGGACAGAGCGGCCGUGCUACAAGGUGUCCAGCAUCCAGGACAGCAGACGGAGAGUGACCUUCGAAGAUGCCAGGCAGACCUGCAGGUCGGACGGGGGCGAGUUGCUCAGCAUUGAAACAGAGAGCGAGCAGCGACUGGUCGAGAGGUUCAUACAACAGAUGCAGGCCGGAGAUGGAGACUUCUGGAUCGUUCUCCGCCAAAGCCCCCAGCGCUACAGGGCAGGGGCCACAAUCCCAGGUUGCCCCUCACAGUACUAUUGGCUGGAUGGAAGCAAGGCCAAGUUCAGGAACUGGCACUGGGAUGAGCCAUCGUGUCGUGGUGAAAUGUGCGUGAUUCUGUAUGAUCAGUCGCCUGCUCCGCCUGGCAGAGAUGGUCGUUUCCUGUUCCAGUGGAGUGACGUCAACUGCUACUCUAAGAACAGUGUUAUUUGCAAAUACCCAGAAAAAAAAGCACCAGUUUUUGCUGAUGAACGGAACAUGACACAUACAGUUCCAUCCCUGAGGCCCAAACUACUCUCAACUACAGAAAGUGACGACAAGACAAAAAUAGUUCUACCUGAGUCUUCAGUGUCUCUCUCAGACAACACCCUGUAUGUUUCCUACAUCCUCUAUGCAACUGUUCCUGCUGUCCUGCUGCUGCUGUCUGCGGCUGCUGGCUUCUUCUGUUACAGAAAGCAUGCGAAGAGGAGGAAGACAGAAACAGAGAGCUGCCCCAGCAGAUCGCAACCAUGGAAGUCAACCACAGCUUCACUUUGUCCCAUUCAAGGACCUUACGCCUUCAGUGACGUCACCAAACUGCCUCACACUGCCCUCGACGCCAGCGCCACCGCAGACAUCUUGACAAAGUUAUCGUGCGGCCCCUCCCCGGACUCCCAGUGUGACGAUUAUGAGAACGUGUCCUGCACGUACAAGGCGAGCGGCUUUGUGACCAACGACAUCUAUGAGACCUGCAAAGCUCAGAGUCGGCGCAGCCGCGGUCAGACUGGUUGGGUGGAAAACGAGAUCUACGGAUAACGCUGUCGAUGCCUAUCUGCUCUCUGCCAAGUCUCCGUCAUACUUCACUGCAGCAACAGAAAAAGAUCCAGCCAGAGACAAGAACCCCAUGUUCUCCAUCCCUGUUUCCUCCUGUGCACCAUACUGGCUGCUUGUGUGGUGUAGGGUUACUAAACAGGUGGCUGUGUCAGCCUGGUUAUUUCAGGAUAGAUCUGUUUCCUGUGUGUAUCUGCAGCGCUGCCUCCUCUGCAUCCAGCGUUCAAGUCUCAUUACUCACUAUUGCAGGGUUUCCCAAAGUUUGGUCAACUGUGACUCUGCAGUAUAUUUAGAUCCAGAACUUCCAGAGAGUUCUCUUGCUCAGAUUGUCAAACAAAUUGUGAAUUUGACCAUGCGAAGAGAACCAGAUAUGUUUAAAAGUCCCAUUACCACAUUUAAUUAUGUAAGAAGACAAGCCUGUGGUUAUGGUAGCAGCUUUGUGAUGUGAAUCUAUGCAGAGCUGUGUUUUGAGCUAACAACCUGCAGAUAUUUAACUGGUCUAUUGUUUACCAAGUUCCCCAUCUUAGCUUGAUUUGUUGUCAUGCUAACAUUUGCUAAUUAACACCAAAACCUAAGUAUAGUUGAGGCCAAUGGGAAUGUUAUCAGUCUUGAAGGUAUAUUUAGUUAUAAACCAAAGCAGAGGGAAAGUAUAUAUGUAUGCAUCGGAAUCAGGUCAGGUUGGGACACACACAAAAAAGGAUCCCUGUUGAGUUCAGGUCGUGUUUGGUUAGUUUUCCUAUUAGCUUGGACGUUGUUUGGACAGUUAAAUGAGACUUGAGCUGUUCUUCAUUGUGAUGGUGUAUAUGUCACUAAGAUCGAUCGUCUAGACUCUGUGAAUUUCAAAGAUGUUAUACCAAUCAGUGUAUAAACGUUGAGAAUUUCUAGAGGAAAUGUGGAAAGACAUGCAGCUGCUGGAAGCAACAGAGAAAAAUCAGACCCAAAUCAUAGAAUUCAUCAUCUUGGGACAAUGAAAAUGCAUCUAUAUGUUGGUGAACAAUUUAAUGGUAGACCAGACUGGUGGACAGAUGGAAUGAGAUAAUUUAUUCAAACUUCUUUUAUAUAUAGAAUUAUUAAAUAGCCAUCAAACACAUUCAGUCAGUGGAGGAAAUCUGAUCUGAAUCAUGAAUGAGUCAGGUCGGUUUAGCGGCGCAGCAAGUGCUGCUAUUUACGGCAUGGUGGAUUACACAUGUAACCCUGGGAAUAACUGCAAGUUUUGAGCCCUCGCGCAGGGUUACUCAUCUUGUAAACAAUCCCAAAUUAAACUACUCAACCAUUUUCCCAAGAACUCUAGAUAUUACUGUAGGAGGCACAAUGACCGAGAAAUUGCGUGGGCUCUCCACUGAUGCACACGUCCUAUUUAGGGACUAUUCUGACCUUUUCUCUAAACCCGAAGAGCGGUGUGUUUGUGUGUGUGUGUGUGUGUGUGUGUGUGUGUGUGUGUGUGUGUGUGUGUGUGUGUGUGUGUGUGUGUGUGUGUGUGUGUGUGUGUGUGUGUGUGUGUGUGUGUGUGUGUGUGUGUGUGUGUGUGUGUGUGUGUGUCCCGAUUUAAGGCUUCCUGUUUGGACUGUGAUGUCAGGGAACAGGACAGGGCAUGUGGAAACACUGAUGACAGAACUCUGCUGACCCCAGUAAACUUCAAGUACCCCCCCCCCCCCUCCUCCACUUGAUUGUGUGAGAAACUAAACCACUGAUUGUGACAUAGACACCAGUGAGGACUGACCAGUUUCGAUCAGGUCAUGGACUCCCUCAUCGUUGUUUGUCUGUGAAAGAACGUAACUGUGUCAUGAACAUAAAGAUAUCAUGGUUGUGUCUCAGUGUGCACUGAGUGAGCACUGAGUGGGCUGUUGGGUCGGUGUCUCGGAAAGAUGUAGUAAGCCAGGAGAGGCUGAGUGUGUUCUUGGAGAAUGUUAGACAGGAAAUGCCAAAAGCACAUCUGGAACUCCUACAUCCAGGAAGUCUAUGCGUGACAGCAGAGGCCUUCGGGGCGCUGCUCGGCUCGGCCUGCUUAGCAAACCACGGUUUUGUGUCAGAACGACCACUGGGUGGGAAUGUGCCCCGCGUCCUGGGAACAUGACUUGAUUGUUAGGUGUGAAAUAAAGUUUGGUUGCACAAUA